GCUCGGAAACUUGACUCGCCGUUAUCAAGGAGGCAAGAGAGCGGCUACUAUAACUGAAAUUGAGAGGUGCCUCCUGCACCGGGAGUACGGAGACUCGGUCCCCAGGUCACUGCAGCCAAAACCUUCCGGGUCUGGUGCACAGGAAGCCGCUCGCCCCUCCCCGGCCACCUUCCACUGGGUGCAAGAGACGGUCCGCUGGGGUCGCUGCAGCGAUGGGGACGGCCACAGGCGCUAGCUACUUCCAGAGGGGCAGCUUGUUCUGGUUCACAGUCAUCGCCGUCUCCUUCAGCUACUACACGUGGGUUGUCUUCUGGCCUCAGAGUAUCCCCUAUCAGAGCCUUGGGCCCCUGGGUCCCUUCACAAAGUACUUGGUGGACCACUAUCACACGCUCCUGAGGAAUGGGUACUGGCUUGCGUGGCUAGUUCAUGUGGGAGAGUCCUUGUAUGCCUUGGUAUUGUGCAGGCGUAAAGGAAUCACAGACAGCCAGGCCCAGCUCCUCUGGUUCCUACAGACUUUUCUGUUUGGUGUAGCCUCUCUCUCCAUCCUGUUUGCUUACAGACCAAAGCACCAAAAACAUAAUUAAAGGAGAAAGCGGGGUUUCCUUUCCACUUCUUCAAGCCCUCCUUCAGUGGGUCCUGGUUUCCAGGAUGAUCUCUCUGUCUUCUAGGUAGUGUUGUCAUAGAAACCUGUCUGAGACCCUCUAGUUACUAUGAUUUUGGUGCUCUGACCAACCUUGGUUAGACCUAUUGUUGUCUAACAAAGAAAUAAGCAAGGCCCUGCCCUUCCAGCUCUGCAGGCUUCUGGCCUGAAGAAGGCCUCAGGCCACUUUCCUGAGGUCCUUAGCUGAGCCAUUUCCCACCCUUUGACUGAGACAAGUAAACUAGAUUUGUCUGUGGGUCCACCUUUGCUCCGUGUAGUGUUUUGAAUAUGCUUGGCCCAUGGGAAGUGGCACUAUUAGGAGGUGUGGUGUUACUGUGGAGGCCAGGCUUUGAGGUCUCAUAUAUUAGCUCAAGUCUGACCAGUGUGAAACGGUCUCCUCUUGGCUGCCUCAAGAUCAAGAUGUAGAACUCUCAGCUUUUUUCCCAGCACCAUGUCUGCCUGGACACUGCCAUGCUUCUCGCCAUAAUGGACUGAGCCUCUGAAACUGUAAACCAGCCCCAUUAAAUGUUGUCCUUUGUUAAGA